AUGACAGGCGGAGCUAAAAAGCCAGUUAAUAUCUUCCGCUUGAAGAACCUGGGCGAGCCCAAGGAAAUAUUCAAUUGGAAACUAUGGUUCGCAGUCAUCUCGUUCGGUUUGAUGGGAGCUGCGCGAGGCAUUGACGAGGGUCUGAUUUCCGGCGCUUUCAACUCCAAGGACUUCCAGCGGUACAUCAACUACAGUUCCUACAGCGAGGUCGAGCAGACCAAUAUCAAGGGCAAUGUCUCGGCCAUGGUCCAGAUUGGAUCAGUAGGUGGUGCUCUCUUUGCCUUCUUGGUCUGUGAUCGCAUCGGCCGUAUCUGGGCAACUCGUCAGCUCUGUGUCCUGUGGAUCGUGGGUAUCGCGAUUUUCAUGGGAAAUAAUGGAAGUCUGGGGGCCGUGUAUGCCGGUCGUUUCAUCGCUGGACUAGGAGUCGGCCAGACUGUCGUUGUUGCCCCUGUCUACCUGGCUGAAAUUGCUCCUGCCGCCAUUCGUGGUCUCUGCACUUGCGUCUUCACGGGCUUCGUGUAUCUCGGCAUUGUAUUGGCUUACUUUGCGAACUACGGAUGUCAGGUCAACUUGGGAGACAACACAAACAAGAGAUGGGAGGUUCCUACCAGUCUCCACAUUAUGUUCGCCGGCUUGAUCCUUCUUCUCUCCUUCCUCCAAUAUGAGUCUCCAAGAUACCUUGUCAAACAAGGCCAGUUGGAUAAAGCCAUCGACAACCUCUCUCGUAUCCGUAAUCUACCCUCGGAUCACGAGUAUGUCGUGAAAGAGAUGAACGCGAUUCAAAUGGCGCACCAGGCAGAGAUAGAGGCGACUAUGGGAUCGGGCCCGAUGGGUGUCAUCAAGGAGACCUUUUUGAUCCCAUCCAACCUCUACCGUGUCUAUCUCACCCUGAUGGCUCAGAUUCUGUCGCAGUGGUCGGGCGCUGGAUCGAUCACACUUUACGCUACUGAUCUGUUCAAACUACUAGGCAUUACGGGUAAUAACGAGAAUCUGCUAGUGACAGCAAUCUUCGGGAUCAUCAAGCUCGUUGCCGCUAUCCUUUGUGCCCUCUUCCUAGUCGACGUCAUCGGUCGUAAGCGCGCUCUGCUUCUCGGCAUUACUUUACAGGCUAUCUCUAUGAUCUAUGUCGCUGGUUUCCUGACCGCCGUGCCGGAAAUGGGCGUGGUAAAUGGUUUCAAGCUUCCGCAACAUCAAAAGGGCGCUAGUGAGGGAGCGAUCGCCAUGAUCUACCUCUCCGGGUUUGGAUGGGCCCUCGGCUGGAACUCGAUGCAGUACCUGCUGACCGCGGAACUGUUCCCUCUGCGGAUCCGUGCGCUAGCGACGUCGCUGGCCAUGACCUUUCACUUUGCCAACCAGUACGGUAACUCCCGCGCCGUGCCCAACCUGCUCCUUCCCGCCGCCGCUGGUGGAUUCAGCCCAAAAGGUACUUUCUGGUUCUUUGCGGCCGUCACUAUUAUUGGUGGUGUCUGGGUCUGGUUUAGUGUGCCCGAGACUGCUGGUCGUACGCUUGAGAGCAUGGACCGGCUGUUUGAGCUACCAUGGUACCAGAUCGGCCGGCAUGGCAACCAGGAUGCGGAAGAGCGGGACCAGGUGGUGGAUCAGAAGGUGGAGAUGAUCGCUGCUCAUGGAACCUCUCAGCAUGUGGAGAGGCAGGACGCGUCGGGCCGUGUUUGA